CUGAUUGCUGCUGCUGCACUGUUGGCGGCACAUCAAGUCCUGCCGGGGUGAACCUGGUCCACCACCAUCAUUCUCUCCCUGUCUCACUCUCUCACUCAUUCUUCUCUCCCCCACACGCACACCCCGGCCCCCCCUGUCAUCGCUCACACAGUCACCCACCUUCGUUCGCCCUCUACUCACCUCAUUCGACAUAUAUACUCACUCACUUCUCCAACCUCACACAAGCCCGAGCUCCCCACGCCUCGCCACUCCUUCGGCUCCCAGAGCCCCCUGCAAGGGGCAGACCGACAUGCUCUCCAGCCUCGGCACCAAGCUCGCCCUCAAGAAGCUCGGCCUCCCCAGCAACGCCCUCGACUUCUCUUCCUCCUCCUCCUCGGACGACAAAGACACCACCCAUGACGACAACAAGAGCCGGGGGGCGGCUUCCUCGUCGUGGCUCUCCGUCCGGUCCCUACCGCUGACGGCCCAGCCUUGGUUGUCCCCCCCGCCCGCCGCCGUCCCGCUCGGCCGCGUGCCCCGUGUCGGCGACGUGGCGCCGCGGGAUCCCGACGGGAGGCUGCAGCUCGGCGGCGGGAGGAGGGUCCUCGUCGUGUUCCUACGCUGCGUGGGCUGCGCGUUCGCGCAAAAGACCUUCCUCGCCCUCCGCACCCUCGCCAACCGCCAUGCCGGCCUCGUCACCUGCGUCGCCGUCUCGCACGCCUCCCCCGCCGCCACCGCAAAGUGGCUCGACCUCCUCGGCGGCGCCUGGAACGUGCGCGUCCUCGUCGACGAGCACCGCGCCCUCUACGCCGCCUGGGGCCUCGGCGUCGCCGGCCUCUGGCACGUCCUCCACCCCGCCGCCCAGGCCCAGGCCUGGCGCGAAAAGGGCUGGCUCGCCGAUCGCGUCGCCGAGGCCAUCCAGCGUCGUGGCGGUGUGCAGUCCCAGUCCCAGUCCCAGUCGCCGUCGCGGUCCGCGCGACAGCAGCAGCAGAAGCCUGCCCGUGAAGCCGGCGUCGACGUCGGCGGCGGCGGCGGCGGCGGCGGCGGCGGUGAGAGGAACAACAAACGAUGGAACCCAGCGGCCCGUGGAGGAGAGCGUCAGCCAAAGAGGGACAAGGGGGCCGAGUACGAGGACGAGGACGAGGACGAGCAAGACGGGCCCUCGACCGUCAUGGGAAACAAGUGGCAGGAGAGCGGCGCCUUCGCCGUCGACGGCCGAGGCACCGUCAUUUGGGGCGGCAAGACGUUGAGGGCCGACGACCUCAUGGACCUCGAUGAAGGGGCCCGGCUUUUGCUCAUGUAGCAGUGUAAUCAAUCCACUCUCCCUCCGCACGAGGGCAAGUGAUGUCUGUACGAUGCCGAACCGUCUUCCGCAGCAAAGUGUGGCCGCCCGUCUCCAGAAGGAUAGCAAUGGGCAGGCACACAAAACACAGUAGACUCCGCGGCUCAUCCACAGUCUCAUUCAUCAUACUGCCC